UACAUGAGAUUUCUGACUAUUUCUUGUCAUUUGUGCUGCGUUAAUGUCAGUUACGAAGAGAUGCCUUUGCCAACAGAGAUAGACGCACAAUCGUAUCUGAUUUCAGUAAAAGAGCAUUUCAAGGAUGAUACAGGAGAAUUUGCACAGUUUAUUCAAAUUCUCAAUGAUUUUAGGUCAAAGACAUGUGAUGCGAUUGGGAUUAUCACCAGAUUGAAACAGCUGGUUAAGAGCCAUGAACUUCUUUUAAGUUUCAAUAAAUUCCUCCCAAAAGGCUUCGAAAUCUUGUGUCCUUCCAAAGAUUGUCUAAGAAACAAACCGCGAUUUCAGCUUAAGGAAACCCUAAGAUAUAUUCGGAAGAUUAAGACGCGCUUCCAAGAUGAAGAAUAUAUACGCAAGGGAUUUUGCAUUCUUGGAAAAUGUUCAGAAGUUGUGGACGAAUUUAAUGAAAUCAUUUCUCAAAGUACAAAUGGGAUAGCUGGUAAGAAUUUCAAAUGUUUGAGUUCAAGGAAAUUGCCGCAUGGUGCCUUUAGCUAGAGAUGGACACAAAGAUCAACAUCACAAAUCAUGGUAGCAAUGCUUUACUAGCUUCAAACAAUGAGAAAAUCACAUACAAUUCCAUAUCAGAGAUGGUCCUUUCUCAUUUGGAGCAAUGUACUCCUAGAUACCGUUUGCAACAACAAAAUGUAAGGAAAAUCUCUCUCAUUUUAAUGGAAGAAUUGCUGUCUUGUGGGAUUCAUUAGCGAAGUCUUAACAUGCAUUAUUAUAAUCCAUCCGCAUGAACUGCCACUGUUUUUUAUAUAUGAUUAUAAAACUUCUGUUGCAGUCUCAGCCACUAUUUUGUAUUGGAAAUCCUAAUUGUAAAUACAAUUCCUC